AUGAGGGAGAUCGACGCGCACUUCGAUGCGUAUGAGCAUCUGAAGCACUUGCCGAGAGACUCAGAAGCGCUCCACAUGCUUCGCAAGGCUGCGUCGAUGGUCAAGCCGAUGAUGAGGAAGCGCGGGUGGAAAGUCGGCACACUGGCUGAGUUUCUGCCAGACGAGCCACAGCUGCUCGGCUUGAACAUAAACCGUACAGAGAGGAUUCUUAUACGUAUGAGGUACCAUCACGAUUCGAGACAAUUCCUGCCCAUGGAACAAAUCACCGAUACCUUGCUCCAUGAGCUAUCGCAUAUUGUCUAUGGGCCACAUAACGCCGACUUUAACAAUCUUUGGAACGAACUACGUGAUGAGCACCAGUCACUCUUGAUGAAAGGCUACACUGGCGAGGGCUUCCUAUCACAAGGUCAAAAGCUCGGCGGCAGGCGGAUUCCUCUUGAUGAAAUGCGCCGCCAGGCCAGACUAGCUGCUGAGAAGCGGAAAGCAAGCACUAACAUUCAUGCUGGCGGCAAUAGAUUGGGUGGGAGUCAGUCGGUACGGGGCGUGGACAUGCGCAAAGUCAUUGCGGAUGCAGCGACAAGGCGGAACAGCAUCACCGAAGGAUGUGCAAGCGGGAGCUCAGAAGUUGGGAGAUUGAGAAACCAACAAGAGCAAGAUGGUUUCAGGACAACAGCCGAGCAAGACGAUGCCAACGACCUGGCAAUCGCACGAGCAUUACAAGACCUGAUGUAUGAGGAGGAAAUGCGACAACUUGGCGCGCCAACGGGUGGAGGUGGUCUUUCAUGGGACCGUCAGAAUGGACUUCAAUUCGACAGCAACCCACCUUCGCGGUCAGCUUCGCUUACGACAUAUCUACCAUCGACAGGAGAACGAGGGCUCUCAUACUCGCCUCUCCAGUCUCAACAACCGUACCCAUCAGACAGUCCCUCGUCAGACAUUCAAAGACGCCCUCUCUCCCGGAUUCUCACAGAACCUUUGAUGAAGACUUCUGCCACACCCUCGUCAUCACGAUCAACACACUCCUCUGCCCGCUCCUCUACACGUCUGAUAUCUCGUGAAGAAGAAUCUCUCCGCAACAAACAACUUCCCCCCACACCACCUCCGCCCUCACCUCAAGCGCUGCUCGUCCCUACCGACCCCAACAAAUGGGCAUGUCCACAAUGUACACUGCACAACCCGCUCGACUUCUUGUCAUGUGGAGCAUGUGGGCUCGAACAACCACCGCAACCGAUUCCCCAACACAAGCGCUUCGGACCGUCACAGGCGGCGCCUAGUUUGCCAAGGCCACCACCGCAGUCAGGGUUGAGGGGGCCAGGAGCUACGCCGUUUGAGCCGGCGAAAGGCCGCAUGGGGUGGAACUGUUUGGAGUGUGGGACAUUCAUGGAAAACCAAUGGUGGACCUGCUCGUUGUGUGGGGUGAUGAAAGUGGAUUCGUAG